UCCCGGUAGUUCGCGUCAUACCAUCUUCCCUUUCGGAUGAUUAACAUACGAUACGUAUUAGUAGACGUAAAUAGUAAAAUUCCAUUCUCCUCAAUUCUGCGGUUCAGGUUUAUAUUGUGCUUUUUCACGGUCUUCUCAGCAGAGUGUGGGUUCCGGGUAGUCCACGGUGGACAUACGUACGAUCAUUGUGAAAAUAGUCAUUCAUCUGUUAGAUUUCGCGAACGUUGAUUGCGAAAAAUUAGCUAUAUCUUGGGAUCAGCUCGCGAUUAGAUUUUUUUUCUUUUAAUUUGGAAUCGAUUCAAUUGUCUAAGGACCGGUUUCAUUUAAAUAUUCGUGUAGUCAAAUGGUGGAUGUUUUUUUACUUUUUCAUUUUAAAUAUUCCAUAACGCGUUAGAAGGACAUUUAAAUACAUCGUAUUUGACAAUGUCCGAGGGACAGAAGUUUGUACCCCAGCAAGACGUACUGACUUUUUACAAAGGAUCGACUAUUUUUGUAACCGGUGUUACGGGGUUUUUAGGGCAUGUACUUUUAUCAAAGCUUUUAUGUUCGUGCCCGGAUAUUAAAAAAAUUUAUAUAUUGAUUAGAGAGAAAAGAGGUAAAGAUAUAUGGACCCGGUUUCAGGAGAUUUUCGAUCAACCGGUUUUCGAAAAAGCCAAAAAAUGCUGCCCAGAUUACACCUCCAUUGUAACGCCGAUCAGAGGCGACUGUCUAAAACCAAAUUUGGGUAUAUCCGACACAGACCGAGAUCUCCUCCAAGAGGAAGUCAACAUCAUUUUCCACGUAGCCGCCACUGUACGCUUUGAUGCACCGCUACGAGAUGCUGUAUAUAUUAAUAUUCGAUCUACCAGUGAUUUAUUGGACAUCGCAAAAGGCAUAAAAAACUUACAGGUAUUCGUUCACGUCUCAACGGCAUUUUCCUAUUGCGCCGAACACAACACCAUUGAGGAAAAAGUAUACGAGCCUCCGAUGUUCCCUCAAAAUAUUUUAUCAAUAGUUGACCAUUUGAAUGAUACGAUUUUAGAUAGAAUCACCCCCAGGUUACUGGGACCAUAUCCAAAUACGUACGUUUUAACCAAAGCAAUUGCUGAAAGUUUAUGUUUGCAUAAAAACACCGGCAUACCUAUAACUGUUUUCCGGCCAGCAAUAGUUAUAUCCACAGCAGAGGAACCAAUUCCCGGAUGGAUUAAUAAUACGUAUGGACCUACUGGCAUCGUCGCUGCAGCCGGUAUAGGACUUUUAAGAACACUUAACGCUGAUAAAAACUGUAAAGCCAAUGUUGUACCUUGUGAUUACGUUAUCAACGCCAUGAUAGCUGCUGCUUGGUAUACGGCUGAAACCUGGAAAACGUUUAAGCAAAACACCUCAGACGAAGACCCUGCUAAAAUGCUCCGAGUACCAAUAUUCAACUACAGUAGCACAGAAACAAACAACUCUCUAACGUGGAAAGCAUUCAUGGAAGGCAACGAGAAGUUCGAACAAGAAAUACCAUUUUCAUAUUCGAUGUGGGCAUAUUCGUUAACUUUGAACAAGUAUAAAUUUGUGCAUCAAGUCUAUGUGAUCUUCCUUCAUUUACUACCUGCUUUGAUAGUUGAUAGUAUAGCGGUUUUAUGUGGUAAAGAACCAAGAUUAUGGGAAUCGUAUCAAAAAGUUCAUAAAUUAACCAAUGUUAUUUCAUACUUCAGUACAAGACAGUGGAUUAUACCUCAUGAAAAUGUGAAAAAGUUAUGGAAUUGUUUGUCGCCUGGCGAUAAACAAAUAUUUCAGUUUAAUCUGGAAAAUCUAGACUGGAAAACUUACUUCAAAAAUCACGUUUUCGGAAUACGUACAUACAUAAUAAAAGAUAAGGAAACGACUAUUCCGUACGCUUUGAAGAAAAGGAAGAAAUUAAUUUUCACUCAUUACGCUGUGAUUAGUCUAUUUCUUUGUUUAAUUAGUUAUUUUUGUUUGCGUUUACUUCAAGUUGUGUUUAAAUGAUACCGAUUUAUCGCGUAUGUAUGUGUCUAUACUUUGUAUUUAUGUAUAAAUUUUUUUUUAUUGGCGCUGUCGUGUUCAAAUUGAUCACAUUUUUUACGUAAUUUCAUUUUAGUUUAUUUAAUGAUGUCUUCGUAUUGUUUCUUGUUCUUCUUUUUUUUUUUUUUUUGUUCAUAGUAAAUGAAUAAAUGUUUAUCAUUUA